AAGUUUAACUGUCAGUAUGCAUGUUAAAAAUUAGUUCAAAAUACUUAACAACAUACAGUUUUGCAAAAUCACGUGCAGAGUAAAAUUUUGAUAAUGGACUGUAUGUAGGAGAAAUAUAUCUACUGGAAGAAUACAUAAAGGUAGUUUUGCGUUGGUAUAAAAGUCACUUAUAGUGCAGUUAUAGUUAUUAUAGUGCGUGUUUCUUUUUUAUCAGGACUUUUAUUGAAAGAACUUAGUGGAUAUUGCAGUUUGACACGAUGAGGCAAACAGUUAUUGUUUGUGUAAUAUUUUGUUUUUACUCGAGGAGUUUAGCAAGCAAACCAUGUGUUUUCAGCUUACAUUUAGACAGUAAGAAAAGUCUAAAUGGGUUAAAUGUUACCUCAGACGGAAGUGUGCUUUUUAUGUUGAUGGGGAUUCAGAAUAACUGUUCAAUUGACCUGGAUUUUGUCUAUGAACAGACGCGUUUGCAUACGCUUGGAGAAGUUGCUGAACGCAGUGUAGACGAAGCUGAAGUCUUUAAGGAGUUUAACUUUUUCUGUGACCAAAAAAUGGCUGUACAUUUUGUUACAAAUAAAACAAAUGUAGCUGGAAAACUGAAAAUAUCUGUUGCGUUAGUGUUUGGGAGAUGUGAUGUGUAUUUGGAAGAGAUAUCCUUGUUUUUAAAAUAUGGAAAUAUUUGGUCGAUUUUACAAAGCAAUGACUCUGUGAUACACGCACCAUCUCAUACAGUUAAUUGUCAAUUUGCUACACACAUACGGAUAAUUGCUGCCAAAAUCAACUGCGGUUUCGUGACCUUGACCCAUUUUUUCUGGGAAUCCUGCAAAAACAUAUUCGAAAAAUUGAAUAUUCUUCGACUAAAAGCAUGCAAAACAAACCAUUUCAGUAUGAAGCCGGAGAUUUUGGUAAAGAGCUUCCCAAAACUUCAAUCAGUACAGCUUAUGAAUAUUGACCUGACAACACAAAUGACGUUUCCAUGGACUCAGUCAUAUUUUAAUGUUGCAGAUCAAGAUCUCAUGAGAUUUCUAUCCAACGAGACUGAAACCAAUGUAACAGUUGCCGCAAUGAGAAGAAGUAUUUGGAUACACAACUCGAAAUUUAACAGCAGUAACAUGUUUCAUCUAAAUGGUAAUAUAGAGACUGUUGUCAUCAACAAUGCACAUAUAAAACAAAAUGAACGUCAGAUGUUUGAAAAUGUGACUGGACUUGGUCAUGUGGACCUGUCUAGCAAUAACUUAACAGAAAUAGACAAAUUGCUGUUUGAAAAUCAGUCGAAUAUAAAAGCCAUUCAUCUAAAGGACAAUAAACUUUCUAAUCUUCCGCCACAUAUUUUUGAAGAUCAACAUAAACUGGUUUUUCUUGACUUGUCUAAUAAUUUGUUGUCUUUGAUUGAUCCAAAUUUAUUGGAAAACCAACUCUAUCUCCAAGAGCUACAUCUGGAAAAAAAUCGUCUACAAUUCUUACCUCAGGACUUUCUGAAAGAACAAAUUUACACCCUUAAGUUCUUGUACUUGUAUUCAAAUCCCUUAAAGAACAUUCCAGUUAUGCCGUUCUAUGGAACACACAUUGAAAUAAUUGAUAUCCACAACAGCCAUAUAACAGGUGAGAGCAUUGUGGAACUCGUUAACUCUCUACGUUUGUACGACUUUAUUUCUGCUUCAGCUGAAAGGGAAGCGUAUGAUCUUAGUCGCAAAGUUGGUAAACAUCCUCUACAGAGGCGAGAGCUUGACCUGUCCUAUUGUAAGAUUAGAGAUAUCCGCAUAGAUCUAAAUAUUAGAAAUAAGACCGCGUUGAAUCUUCUAAAAUUGCUUGAAUCUUUCUAUAUCAAGGGCAACGGGAACCCGUUUACAUGCAACUGCCAGUUAUAUGUUGUAACACUGCUGCUCUCGGCUGAAGAGAAACAGAGUGUGAAAAUGGACUGGACGUGUAUGUAUCCUCAAGAGCUUCAAGGAAUGAAAGUGUCAAGUUUAUCCAAACGCGAUAUUUACUGUCCGCUCAAUGUUACAGACUGUCCCAUAUUGUGUGUCUGCUAUGUCAGAUACGACUUCAGCAGUUUGAUUAUUGACUGUAGGAAUAUCAACGUGUCGUCAUUGCCGUUAAAAAUGCCUAAGGGUCGUAUGGAAUUGUGGUUCAAGAACACCAGUUUGUUGGCACUUGAGUCUAGAGAUUAUCUGCUGAACGUAUCUGUGCUUGACCUCUCAGAAAACAAACUGACUUACAUAGCACCACUAGCAGCAUCAAAAUUGCAAAACGUUGACAUUUUAAACUUAGAAAACAAUGACUUGACAUCGCUACCGGUUCAGAUUAAAUAUAAGAACAUCAGUAGAAUAUCCUUAACAGGAAAUGCAUUUCUGUGUGACUGUCACACGAGAUGGAUGAGGGCCUGGUUACACGAUAGACUGUGUCCUGUCACAGAUUGGAACAUCAUUAAAUGUACAGACAAUUAUAAGAAAGUGAAUAAAUUUAUAAACCUUCCGGAUUCUAUUUUUGUAUGCAACGAGAUAAAAGCACCGAGUAUUGCAGAACAUGUUAUAUUUCCGUCUGUCGUAAUCGGAUCCAUACUUUUCGUGAUAACGGUCCUGUCACUGACCAUCUAUUUCCAGAGAUUUACUUUAAGAGUUUUGCUAUAUAUGUUCUUUGGAGUUCGUAUUUGUGACGGCUUUGCUGAUAAUCCAGAUGACGUCAAACACAGCUGUGUAGUCAUCUAUGACAAAAAUGAUGAAGACUUCGUGGAAAAUAACAUAAAAAUACAUUUACAAGAAUCGGGUUACAAUGUAGCAGAUAUGUACAAAGAUCCUGUAAUUGGUUUUACGCUUAUAGAAGGAAUUAGAAAGCUUAUUUAUAGAUCAAGAAGAGUUCUUUUUUGUAUGUCAAAACAAAGUCUAAAUUCUGAAUUGAUGAUAACCUUAUGGAACAUCGCUGCUGAACGAGCUAUGAAAAUUCAUAUUGGAUCUAUAAUUCUUAUUGUUGACAAAGAGUUUAAAUCUAACUGUACCGGAGAAAAUAUGAAAUUAUUUAUAAAAAAUGGCAGAUAUAUAAGAAUGGAUUCUAAGAUGUUGUACAAAAGCAUAGAAUAUCUCAUGUCAACGAAGAAACGGAUGAAUCAGAACCAAGAGGAAGUAAACCAUGCUGAAGAGAAUAACCUUGAAAUUAAUCAAGUUGGUGAAAUUCAUUUAUGUGAACACAAUCUAUAUGCCGCUGCAGCUGGUGUUCAGAAAAAUUUGGCGGAAGGUUCAAAUGACACCUAUAUUGUCUAUCCCGACGUUAUAGAUGAAUUACACCAAUUAACUAGGUACGAGAUCAUCCCAUUCCUUCGAGAAAACAAGCAGAAUGUGUACGUUCUUCAGGAUGAAUUUGUAUUUGGAGAAGAUAUUAGACUCGGUAUUGAGCCAAAACUUGACAAAGCAAAGCACGUGAUCUUCAUCAUAUCAAACGAAACGUUGGAAGAUGACGUCAGUCAGUUCAUAUUGACCACAAUUCUUACCAAAGCUGUUGUAAGUGGCAGUAAUUAUCUGUUGCUCUUCUCGUAUGGCCAGAUUGAUGUGGACAAGAUGCCGGAGAAUUUGAAGAAGUAUGUGAACAGUUAUAUCACAGCUAGUGUAAAUGAUCCUAACUUUAAAGAACGUAUGCUAGAAGCUCUCAUGUUUGAAGAAAAUGGCAUUGAUAAAGAAGAUACUGACAGUUUAUUAACAGAAAAUGAUAUAGAUGAUGCCAGUUUGAUUUGACAAAGUGAUUACAUGUAUAUCGUAUUCUUAGAGCAGAAAUAACACUUGAAGUCCACAGUGCGAUAAAUGAAGUUAUGUACAUGGCUAGAGUACUAUCUGAUUAUAACAUUAAAAAAAGUUAAGACUUCGGGACGAGUAAUACAUAAUGUUAUUUUUACAAUUGUGUGGCCGUGAUACAGAUAUGAACCAUAUAUGCACGUGAUUGAUAAUGAAUAUUUGAGAAAAUUGUUUUCUGGUUUUCGUUUGUUGGUCCAUCAUGUUGUUACUGAGACAUGGCGAGACAAUAGAACUGAAAGAAUAGCUCGAAUUUGUUGAAUGUAAUACAUGUACAGAAUAUCACUUUCUAAUGUUAUGUGCUAAAUAGAGAGAAACCAGUAAGCGAUUUACGAAGUGUAUAUCUUGGCCAUCUGUGAAUUUAUUAAUACCUUAAGUUUGACUGUUGUUAGAACAUGUAAAUUGCUAAGACAUAACGUAAGAGUUUUAAAUCUCAUUCUGUAACCAUGCUGAUUCAGUUUUAUAAAUUUUGCCUGUUCGUUUACCAAAGACAUGUAUAUAUUUUUAGGACACUUAUGGGACUAAACUGGCAUUUAUGUUUUCGGACCUCUGAAACAUUGCAAUUACAAGUUCAAAUUUAAAACUUGAAUUUAUUUCCAGGACAAUCGGAAAUCCUUGACUUGUGUUUAACACAACAUAUCCAUGUUUGGAACUGCCUAACUUAAAAUCUGUCACAGAAAUAACGUA